GAAGCUGUCAUUGCAAAUGGUACCAUUGCUUUUGAAAAUUGGCUUGUGCCAGGAAGUUCAGUUUAUAGGGAAUUUUGGAUUUUCCAUGUGCAAAAUCCUUCAGAGGUAUUAGAGCAAGGAGCACGUCCAAUACUUGAACAGAGAGGACCUUAUACAUACAGGGUGAGAUAUUUGCCCAAAGAAAAUAUCACAGAAAACUCUGAUGGCACAAUAUCCUAUAUGCUGCCUAACAUUGCUCGUUUUGAACCCGAUAUGUCUGUUGGGACAGAAAAUGAUACCAUCACAUGCCUCAACCUUGCUGUCGUUGCUGCACCUGCCUUGUAUACAAACACUUUUAUACAACUACUAUUAAACACUUGGAUUAGAUCUUCUAAGUCAUCCAUGCUGCAGAACAGAACAGUGAAAGAAUUACUGUGGGGAUACAAAGAUCCCUUCUUAAACAAGGUCCCCUUCCCCUUGGACCCAGUUGUGGGAGUCUUCUACCCGUAUAAUGGGACAUUGGACGGACUUUACAAAGUCUAUACUGGGACAGAAGAUAUUAAAAAAACAGCAAUAAUUGAAAGCUAUAAAAACAAAAGGAAUCUUUCAUACUGGGAAGGUCACUGUGAUUUGGUUAAUGGCACAGAUGGAGCAUCAUUCCCACCAUUUGUUGAGAAGGACCAGACACUGCGCUUCUUCUCCUCCGAUAUUUGCAGAUCAAUCUACGGAGUUUUUCAGAGCAAGCAGGUUGUGAAGGGAAUCUCACUCUAUCGUUUCACAGUUCCUCGUGAAGCAUUUGCAUCACCUGCUGAAGUUGGAGAUAAUUAUUGCUUCUGUAAAGAUAAAACCAUAUCAAAGAACUGCACAUUGGGUGGAGUCCUAGACAUUAGUGCCUGCAAAGCAGGAAGACCGGUAUUUAUCUCUCUGCCACAUUUUCUUCAUGCAAGUGAAUCUAUACUGCACGAUGUUGAAGGCCUGAGCCCAAAUGAGAAUGAACACGAGACGUUUCUAGAUAUAGAGCCUAUCACUGGUUUUACACUACAAUUUGCGAAAAGGCUGCAAGUAAACCUCCUUGUGCAACCUGCACCAAAAAUUGAAGCUUUAUCAAAAGUUCAAAAACCUUAUAUUUUUCCUCUUCUUUGGCUAAAUGAGUCUGCUGUUAUCGGGGAUGCAAAAGCAGAAAUGUUCAGAAAUAAAGUCACUAGUCGGGUCCAGAUGCUAAGUGUGCUGCAGUUGGCCUUAAUGAUCGCAGGUUCUGUGCUGUUCGUCGCAUUCAUGGGUUCCUAUUUCAUAUGCAGAUCAAAGAAAUUAAAAUAAAAGACCAACUCACUAAUCCAAACAAACUGAUGUUUCCAAACGUCCACACUUCUGAAAUCACUAAAGAGGCCACCAUGAAAACUAUGCUUUCAAAUAACUGAUUAUUUGAGCCUUGUUACAAAUUUUAAAUGACGUGGAAGCAGACUGAAGUUGAGGUGCAGUUGGAUUUUAUUCAACCUUCUGCCAUUUAUGAAACUUGCUACUUUUUUUUUACUUGGGAUUUGCAAGACAUGUGAAAGCCAUUUGCUGAUGUUCUGUCUCUGAGCACAGGCUGGAAAUGACAACACCUUUGAGCUCAUGAUGUACUCUAGAUGCUCUCAUUGCGAUGUUUCUUUCUGUUCCUUCAAGGAAUGGGAGCUGCUGCAAUAGAACUGCUCUCUGUCCUCUAUUCAAGGACUUGAAUGGUGUUGAAUGUGAAGUUUGUUACGUAAAGUUACUAACUAUCAUACAUGAAGUUAAUAAAAGACUUACUAAA